GCAAGAGGAAUUCAGACAAGGAAAGAAGCUAUGGAAUGACCAAUUAUGGUGUUCCAGUUGUGAAACAAUUGGGUUCAGCUUGACUUCGGGUUUUUGCUUUCUGGGUCUGAAAUAGAGAUGUUUGUGAUGUUUCUAUGGAAUGCUGAAAUGGUCAUCUCUACUUUCGAAAGAAAUGGUACUUGCAGCUCUUCGGGUUACCAGAAUCCCUUUUUUUCAAAUGGGUUUUCUUCACAUAGACCCGUUUCGGGUGUUGAUUUGAAGAAGAAGAUAAGGACGUUGCGUUUUACGUUGAUUAAUAGGAUUGGUGGUGGGAUUCCUAGAGAAGAGAUGGAGUUUAGGCCAUCUUUCCAUGAGUAUUUGAAAGAUAUGGAGUCUGUUAAAACUGCUCAAGAGAAAAAACUAGUUCUUAAGUCUAAGAGAUACAAGACUGUAGAUGAUUCAAGGCGAAAUUAUGGGUCCAGAACAGUUUUACCUCAAAGAGAUGAAGAAGAUGUGAAGUUGAGGAAGUUUGGAGAGUUCUCUGAUGAAGAAGAGGUGUGUGAAUAUGUUGAACGCCAUGAAGUGAAGGGGAAUGGUGAAGGAGCUCGAACCAGCAAAGGUGAUAAGGCAUUUCUGAAAAAGGGUAGUGAUAAUAAAAUGGAGAUUGAAAGAGCUGCCUUCAAGAACCUUGAAGAAUUCAAUGGCGUUCUAGAUAAGCCACGAGUUUCCCGAAUGGAAAUGGAAGAGAGAACCCAAAAAUUAGCAAAAUCGUUGAAUGGUGCAGACAUUGAUAUGCCUGAGUGGAUGUUCUCUAAGAUGAUGAGGAGUGCCAAAAUCAAAUUUUCAGACCAUUCUAUAUUGAGAGUAAUCCAGUUAUUGGGUGAAUUAGGAAACUGGAGGAGGGUAGUUCAAGUUAUGGAGUGGCUUCAAAUGGGUGAACGUUUCAAGUCCCACAGGCUGAGACAUAUUUACACAACUGCACUUAAUGUACUUGGGAAGGCAAGAAGACCUGUGGAAGCUCUUAAUUUAUUUUGUGCAAUGCAGCAACAAAUGUCUUCAUAUCCUGACUUAGUUGCUUAUCGUUGUAUUGCCAUCACACUUGGACAAGCAGGGUGUUUGAAGGAACUCUUUGAUGUGAUUGAUAGCAUGCGAUCUCCUCCCAAGAAGAAAUUCAAGCAUGAUUUACUUGGGAAGUGGGACCCACGAUUAGAACCCGAUCUUGUGGUUUACAAUGCGAUCUUAAACGCUUGUGCUAAGAGGAGGCAGUGGGAGGGGGCAUUCUGGGUUUUGCAGGAGUUAAAGAAACAAAGUCAACGGCCUUCUACCACAACAUAUGGACUUGCCAUGGAGGUUAUGUAUGUCUGUGGCAAGUACAAUUUGGUUCAUGAGUUUUUCAGGAAAAUUGAGAAAUCUUCCCUGCCAAAUGCUUUAGCAUAUAGAGUUCUGGUGAAUACUCUGUGGAAAGAAGGUAAAAUAGAUCAGGCUGUAUUGGCUGUUCAGGAUAUGGAAAGACGAGGUAUUGUAGGUUCUGCUGCUCUUUAUUAUGACCUUGCUCGCUGUCUUUGUAGUGCUGGAAGAUGCCAAGAAGCACUGACGGAGAUCCAGAAAAUAUGCAAGGUUGCUAAUAAACCUCUGGUUGUAACUUACACUGGUUUAAUUCAAGCUUGUGUGGAAUCUGGAAACAUUCAGGACGCAGCAUACAUCUUCAAUCAAAUGCAGGAGUUUUGCUCCCCAAAUCUUGUUACUUUCAACAUAAUGCUAAAAGCCUAUCUUGAACAUGGAUUAUUUGAUGAAGCAACAAAGCUCUUCCACAAGAUGUCAGAAAACACCACUCAUAUCUGCAACACAUCUGAUUACAAGCACCAAGUAAUACCAGAUACAUAUGCAUUCAAUAUCAUGUUAGAUGCAUGCACCCAAGAGGGGAGGUGGGAUGAUUUUGAGUAUGUCUAUAAAAGGAUGUUGCACAUGGGAUAUCACUUCAACGCAAAACGUCAUCUACAAAUGAUACUAAAUGCUGCCAAAGCCGGAAAGGGAGAACCAUUGGAAUCAACUUGGGAGCACUUGACCCAAGUUGAUAGGAUCCCUCCCAUUACUCUCAUCAAGGAGAGGUUUUGUAUGAAGCUCAUGAACAAUGACUCUGUUUCUGCUCUUGCCUGUAUUACUACACAUCCUUUGAGCGAUUCCCCAGCAUUUUCCAAGUCAGCAUGGUUGAAUUUAUUCAACCACAACACCCAUCGGUUUGGACAGGAUACCAUUGCUCAACUACUUAAUGAGAUCAACGUCAUUUUUUCCAAAACUGACUCUUCGAGCCCUGUUUUGCAGAAUCUGUUGACAUCUUGUAAAGAACUUUUGAGAACUUGAUUGAAAUUUUUUUGAACGUGUUUUGAAGGUGGAGAGGCAUUGGAGAUC